AUGGAGGUUGCCCCCGUCACCAUCCCGGCGCACGACGCGAUUGCUGGUCGCAAGCGCAAAGCCGAGGCUCAAGACGCCCACAAUGAGCGGCUGUCGAAGAGGCUGAGCCUCCUGAAUUUGGAGAAAAAUGGCACCAAAAUGUACGUCACCGUCGAGAACCCAGCCGCUAGACCGGACCGCGCCACCCCGCCACCAACAGCAACCACCUUGACAGCGCCCACUGCAUCAUCAGCACCAGCACAACUGCCACCACAACUGCCAGCCGACUCGCGGAUGCAACUAGACGACGACAAGUACAAGGUAUACAUUUACAACAUCGACGACGAGUUAUCGUCAGACAACGAACUAGAAACCGACCAGUCCUCCUCGGGCCAGCUCGUAUUCCUCCCAGACGUCGAGAAGCACCUUCACCGGACCCGUAUCCCCCCGGUGCCACGCCCAAUUUUGCCCAACGCCGACGGCGAGCUCGCCGGCAAGCAGCUCGUCCUCUAUUCGGUGCCGUCGUCGCUGUCCGUGCCCGAGGAACAGGACAGCGUGCGCAGGGCCAUCCUCGACGCCCGCGCCAGGUCCAGGGCCAGGGCCGCGGUCGCGCAGCCGCAUCCCGGCAUCGACGGUCGCUCCGGAGUUGGAGCUGCCGCGGCCGUGCCGCCUCGGUUGCCCAGUAUUGCUGAGGGAGAGAUUUUGCCGCCGGAGCCAAUGUUGUCGCCCACGGUGGACAUUGAUGUGGAAACCUGCGUUCCCCCUGUAGGUAUUGCAGCAGCCACGGAAUCAGAAGAGCCGUUGCUGCAGGCGCGCGGGGUUCCCGGUGUCUUGCCAAUAGGCGGCGGUGAGGCAGGCAUCGGCACAGCGUUACCAUCGGUGGACGGCGAUCCUGAUGCCAUGGAGCUCGACUGA